GAUUUUAAUUAUUUUUAAAUCGUAGAAGACGCGCCAACAAGUCGUGCAGUGAGGAUUUCGGGGCAAGCUGCUUCUCUAGUAAGCUUCUCAUUUUCUCAAGUCCCAGACUCACUUAUAUACCUCCAAUUUAAAAAACCCUCAACUUCUCACUCAAAUUCUCUCUCCAACCUAAACAAUGGCGACCAAGGAUCUCAAUGUGGACCAACUCCGGGACAAGCUGGCCAAGCGCGGCCUCAGCACUGCCGGACUAAAAUCUACUCUGGUUCGAAGACUUGAAGCUGCUAUUAGAGACGAGAGCGAUAAGCCGAAGGACUCAAAAGGUCGCAAAAGGCAGAGGGACGGUGAAGCCAAGGAUGCCGAUUCAGAUGCGCCGGGGAAGCGGAAGGCCGUUGAUGAGCUACAUAGUAUGACUGUAAAGCAGCUUCGCGAAGAGGCCUCAACUCGAGGAGUUUCUGCUGCUGGAACUAAACAAGAGCUGCUUGAGAGGCUUUCCAUGGCUGAUGACAAGAAUGCAAGUGACAAUGGUCAGGUAGAGGAGGAAAACGAGGAAGAGAAUGAAGACGCAAGUGCAUCACAGAAGGUCAAGGCUAUUGAUGAGUUGCGUAGCAUGACUGUGAAGCAGCUUCGAGGGGAGGCCUCAAUUCGAGGAAUUUCUGCUGCUGGAACUAAGCAAGAGCUGCUGGAGAGGCUUUCUGCCACUGACGACAAGAAUGCAAGUGACAAUGAUCAGGUGGAGGAGAAAAACGGGGAGGAGAAUGUGGACUCCAGUGGACCACAGAAGGUCAAGGCCAUUGAUGAGCUGCAAAAAAUGACUAUGAAACAGCUUCGAGAGGAGGCUGCUAAAAGGGGAGUUUCUGCUAGUGGCACAAAGAAGGAUCUUCUAGACAGGCUUUGCACUCACAAUGACAAUGUUUCACGUGACAAUAAUCUAGUGAAAGAGGAAGCCAAGGAGGAGAAAAUUGUUACGUUUGUGACGAAAGGUUCUGCUGUCAUGGACAAAUACCUGCCUGACAAUAUUAAGGCUCAGUAUCAUGUCCUGCAAGUAGGUGAUGAAAUAUACGAUGCCAUGUUGAAUCAGACAAAUCUCGGGCAGAACAAUAAUAAAUUCUUUGUCAUUCAAGUUCUAGAAUCUGAUGAUGGUGGCAGAUUCAUUGUGUAUUUCAGAUGGGGAAGAGUAGGGGUGAAGGGUCAAGACAAGUUGAAUGGGCCCUAUACCUCACAGCAAGCUGCUAUUGCUGAGUUUGAGAAAAAGUUCCAUGACAAGACUCAGAAUAGUUGGUGUAAUAGGAGAAAUUUUGUUAGCCAUCCACGCCGCUAUACUUGGUUGGAAAUGGACUACAGUGAAUCAAGAAAUGAACCACCAGUUCAAGCGGAAAAAGCACCCAUAAGGGCACUGAGACCUGAAGAAUCAAAGGUGGAACCUCGUAUUGCAAAGUUUAUUUCGCUUAUUUGCAAUAUGAGCAUGAUGAAGCAACAAAUGAUGGAGAUAGGUUACAAUGCUGAAAAACUACCAUUGGGAAAAUUGAGCAAGGCGACAGUUUUAAAGGGUUAUGAUGUUCUGAAAAGGAUUGCUGAUGUGAUUGGUCAAGCUGAUAGGAAGACACUUGAGCAAUUAAGCGGGGAAUUUUAUACUGUGGUUCCUCACGACUUUGGUUUCAAAAAAACAAGUCUGUUCAUCAUUGAUACUCCUCAAAAGCUAAAGAUGAAAUUGGAAAUGGUUGAAGCGCUUGGGGAAAUUGAGGUUGCGAUGAAGUUAAUUGAGGAUGCUACUGAUAUGGAGGAUCCCCUGUAUUCUCAGUAUAAGCGGCUCCAUUGUGAACUCAUGCCCCUUGAAGUUCACUCAGAGGAGUAUUCCAUGAUUGAGCGAUACACAAAGAACACUCAUGCAAAAACACAUUCAAAUUAUGAUGUUGAUAUCAUUCAGAUAUUUAAGGUGUCAAGAGAGGGCGAAUCCGAACGGUUUCACAAGUUUACAUCAACAAAAAACAGAAUGCUUCUGUGGCAUGGAUCACGUCUCACAAACUGGAUGGGGAUUUUGUCUCAAGGUUUGCGCAUCGCUCCUCCAGAAGCGCCUUCCACGGGUUAUAUGUUCGGGAAAGGCGUCUAUUUCGCAGACAUGUUCUCGAAAAGUGCUAAUUAUUGCUGUUCAAGUAAAGCUGCUAGUACUGGCGUGCUACUUCUAUGCGAGGUAGCAUUAGGCGACAUGGCUGAGCUGCUAACGGCUAAUUAUCAUGCUGACCAGUUGCCACCUGGGAAACUUAGCACAAAAGGAGUCGGUUCGACUGCCCCGGAUUCUUCAGAGAUGCAGACACUUAAAGAUGGCGUUGUCGUUCCUAUAGGAAGACCAAAAGAGCAACCAGGCCCCAAGGGUAGUUUGCUGUAUAAUGAAUACAUAGUGUACAAUGCGGAGCAAAUUAGAAUGCGUUAUCUUGUGCAGGUGAACUUCAAUUUCAAGUGGUAGUUUUGGCGACUAAUGAAUUUUGGUAGUCUUUUACUACUAUUUUGUAUUUGAAAUUCGCAUAUGGUUGUAUAAUUAGUUCGUUUCUGGUAAGUAACAUUCAGUCAAAUUCAUGUCAAAGUUGUAUGCUAUGAAUUCACAAAGUUGUGGCUUUGAUACCUUAGUAUCAUAGAUCAGUUGAAUUUAAAGAUUUUUCCAAAAUCAUUCAAA